AUGUUCUCAGAAUAUGCGUCUCGUUUCCUCGCUCAGUCCCAGUCUCGUAUAGCGCAUGUACCAGAAGACACAGGUCGAAAUAAUGGAUCUGAUCGCCAGAGACGACAAUAUCAGGGCAGCUCGCGCUUCCCCGCCUCCCGGUCUUAUCUACAACGAGCCAUGGGCAACCCGUAUCAGCCGGCUUCCUCCCAGACGUCACACUUCCCUUUUGCUUCGCGGAUGUCAGCGCAACCGGCCCCUCUCUUCUACAGUGCUACGGACGAAUUUCGGGAAGAGGACGAUGAGCUGGAACAUGAGCGCGAGAUUGCGGAUCUAUACGCAUUGCAGAGGUCGCGCCGUCACUUUGGUUCCAGCCAGUUAGAGCAGUCAUCUGAGCUGGAGGAUGAUGGAGGAAGCUCAGAGGCUUCGGGCGAAGACCAUUCCGGUCAUGGACAUGCAUUUGACCGACCAGGUGGGAUACGGAGUUCCUGGCGUGCUGGGAGGGCUACGACCCGCCGGAAUGUGCAGAUCGAUCUGCUUCCGGAAGAAGACGAAAAUGAGCCUGCCGACACGGUGAGUCGGAGCAGCGGUGCCACUGGGAAAGGGAAAAUGGUCGAUGUAGGCCUGGAGGAUACUCUGAGGAGUGAUCUGCAAGAGAUCGAGCCUGGCGGGAUCCCCGAUUUCACGGAGGAAGAGCCGCCGGUGAUCCAGCAGUUUCGCAAACAGCCUCGGGACUCUGGAGACAACUUUCAGACCAGUCCUUUUCCUGUUCAUGAGGAUCCGGAUAAGCAAACAUUGCUAGAUCAUGCGAGGCCGUCCAGUCCUACGGCGUCUCUGCCUCCCUCCAUGGCACAGCCGGAGUCGGAACCGCCGUCCCAUGACGCCUUCUGGGGCCACCUCUUCUUGCUUUGCCUGGCUGGUCUCUUUGCCACGGCGUUCCUGGUAUAUCUGCAUACUUCUGCUCCGUCUGAAGACCCGAGCAAAUGGGGUGAUACCGUUUAUACAGCAAUUCAUGGAUCUCUUUUUCUGUUGACCAUCUAUACAUUUGUCUCGAUCUUUGUGUCCUUGUUAUGGCUUGCAUUACUGCGGUACUAUGUGCGCCACUUGGUGUAUGCGAUGAUCGUAGCUGUACCGGUGAUUCUGUUCUCGUUCUCGUUAUACCCGUUCAUCUCCAGCUUCAAGGGCUCGUGGCAUGGGACAAGUGUGCAGGACAAGGUGAUGCGGUUCGGUUCUCUGGUUCCGUUCCUCUUGGCCAGCGCCUGGGUUUACACUGUGAUCAAAGGCCGCCACGCCACUGGAAAGGCGAUUAAUAUCUUGGAGUUUGCCUGUCGGAUCCUUGUUGCGAACCCUGCACUGCUUGCUCUGGGCUUCGCUGUUCUCCUCACCGUUGUCACCUGGACCUGGAUAUGGAUGCUCAUGUUUACUCGGGUAUUCCUGGGCGGUCACUUUCUGGGGCCGAAGAACUUUGUCAUAGACCUGACUACCUGGUGGUUAGCGGUCUAUUUCAUCUUCGUCUACCUCUGGUCUCUUGGUGCCAUUGCUGGGUUGCAGCGUUCUGUCACCGCCGCAACAGUCAGCCAGUGGUAUUUCCACCGUCUCGCAGUUCCUGCACCCACCUCGCGGCAGAUUGUGCACGCAGCAUUUGUACACUCUGCUACGACGCUCUUUGGCACUGUCUGCUUGUCGAGCUUGCUCCGGUUGCUAGUCCGGCUGCCGCUGGUUAUAUUCCCUCGACGUAUAUCAUCCAUAAUCACACUAGUUGCCUAUUCCAUUAUUCCCACUCCGAUAAGCGCUCUUACCAACCCCUUAGCACUGACAUAUGCUGCCAUCCACUCUCGACCGCUUGCUAUCUCUGCUCACGGUCUAUCUCAAAUGACCUUCCUUGCUCCCGCAACACCCGGUACUACACUACAACCUCGUUCCUUUUCAAGACAAAGAAGCGAGCACGUCCCUCUUCUGCCCUACAGACUCUCCAAACUCGUCCUGCAUGCCACUCGUUUCAUGAUGUCACUUGCUCUUGGUUUUGGCGGAUGGGUCACGACCGCUCGGACUCUUCGGGUUGCUGAGACUAGCGGCACAAUCCGCGGAAGUCUCUACGCCUAUAUUGUGGGACUGAUUGCCGGCGCCAUCGGGUGGGGCGUCCUCGGUGCGAUGGAGGGAGUUAUUGCAGACAUUGUCGAUGCCGCCGUUGUCUGCUGGGGCAUUGAAGUCGGGGCCUCGAGCCGCGAGGCCCGGUAUUGCCGUGAAGCCGGAUGGCUGUUUGGAGACGACUGGCGCGCAGAAACUCGGGAUCAUGCACAAUGGAACCGCGUCUGA